UGUGUGUGUGUGUGUGUGUGUGUGUGUGUGCGUGCGUGCGCUGACAUCACAGCUGGAAGUGCCUUGUCACGCGGGGUUAGUAAAAGUUGGGAUCGGAGCUCCACACACAGAGCGAGAGAGACAGACAAGCGGGGCCGAAGAAGAGGCACCCAAACUGGGAUAGACAUUUCCGGACCAUUCGCUUGCUUUCCGAAGAACAUUUAACUCGCUCGCGAAAUAAGGCGGUUCUUUUUUUGUCUGGUUUACGCGACGAGGGGGACUUUGUCUACAUGUCCAUUUAACUUUCGGAAGAAUAUUUUGGAUUUGGUCACAAACUCAAGCGGGUCACUUAAUUGGGUCCCGAAUGAAGCAAAGUUCGGAAUUGGCGGCGUGACGCUCGGUAAAUGUUGCGGCAUUUUCCCAGAGAGUAGCCCGCCUGCCUCGGUGGUCGAGCGGCGGCGCAGCAGCGUCAGUAGUAGUAGUAGUAGUAGGAGGAGGAGGAGGUUUGAAGAGGGAAAAAGAGCCGAGCUGUCAAAGCAGAUGACGACGGCAAACUGCCCCGGUAAUGAGGAGCUGGACUUCCGACUCAUCUUCGGGGAGGACGGCCAGCAGCAGCCGUUAGGCCCCGUAGAUCUGGAGCCUGACGACAACACAUCUUUCUACAUCCUAAACGUAGGCCAGCCCCAGUCAGUGGUCUCAAACCACCAGUCCAUUGACCUUCCCCGCCAUGGCAUGCAGUCGCACUCCCCAAUCAUCAGCACUUCCCCUCGCCUUCAGUCACACAAACACGGUUCAGUGCCACGGAGUUAUGAGCCUCAAGACUCAAAGUACGGCACCUCCCCCUUGUUCCCUUCAGCUCCUGUGGAGGCACCUAAAGCCUUUGAGUGCCCCAGUAUUCAGAUCACCUCCAUCUCCCCUAGCUGCCAGCAGGAGAUGGACGCCAAUGAACAAGAUCUGAGAGCAAAUGGCCCUGAUGGGGACUACCACAGUGACAGGCCCUUGUCCAGAGACCACCUUUAUUUGCCCCUUGAUCAUUCAUACCGGGACUCCUCUCUAAGCCCUAGCCCAUGCAGCAGCCUCUCGUCUCGGAGCUGGUUUUCUGAUGCCUCCUCAUGUGAGUCUUUUUCGCACGUGUAUGACGAUGUUGAGUCAGAGCUCAACGAAGCAGCAGCUCGCUUCACCCUGGGCUCCCCACUGACGUCCCCAGGCUGCACCUCACCUCAGGCUGCAGUUGGGAAUCUGGAGGAAUCGUCCCAGUGGCAGCACCAUCAAUCCUCUUUUGUCCACCACUCCCACUCCAUAAAUCUGUCACCUCGACAGUCCCCCUGCCACUCACCACGCACUAGUGUCACUGACGAGAACUGGCUUAGUCCAAGGUCGCCAUCUAGGCCAUCUUCGCGUCCCACCUCACCCUGCGGGAAGAGGCGCCACUCCAGCGCGGACAUCUGUUUCCCUGGCUCGGUGUCUCCACAUCACUCACCUUCACCCACGCCAGGACCUUCCCCUAGGGGCAGCGUGACAGAGGACACCUGGGCGGGCAGUCCAUCUGUAGGCAUGUCGCCUUUCCAGUGCUGUCAAUCUGAGGCCGACAUCCCACUAAAGACAAGAAAGACCUCACAGGACAGAACAGCCAUGCAGACAGCAAAAGGAGAACUGGGGAUGGAUGACCAAGGAAAUAUGUCUCCAAAUCUAGACUCCCCCUCAGAAGAGGCCCUGCACAGCCUGAAAAAGGACGGGCUUGGGGAGCAGUUUCUCUCGGUGCCCUCACAUUUUUCAUGGAAUAAACCCAAGCCUGGACAUACGCCUAUAUUCAGAACAUCCUCACUUCCCCCCCUAGACUGGCCCCUGACAAGUCAGUUUGGCCAGUAUGAGCUGAAGAUAGAGGUCCAACCCAAAGCCCACCACCGAGCGCACUACGAGACCGAGGGCAGUAGAGGAGCCAUCAAAGCAGCUUCGAGUGGCCACCCCAUUGUCAAGCUGUUUGGCUACAGCGAGAAGCCCGUCAACCUCCAGAUGUUCAUUGGAACGGCAGACGAUCGUUACUUGAGGCCACAUGCCUUUUACCAAGUGCACCGCAUCACUGGGAAAACGGUGGCCACAGCCAGCCAGGAGAUCGUCAUCUCCAGCACCAAAGUUCUUGAAAUUCCUCUCCUGCCUGAAAACAACAUGUCAGCCAGUAUCGACUGUGCCGGCAUCCUCAAGCUACGCAACUCAGACAUUGAACUACGGAAAGGUGAGACGGACAUAGGAAGAAAGAACACACGAGUACGCGUGGUGUUUCGAGUUCACAUCCCUCAACCAAACGGGAAGGUGCUGUCGCUGCAGGCUCAGUCCAUUCCUGUGGAGUGCUCCCAGCGUUCAGCUCAAGAGCUUCCCCAGGUUGAAAAGUCCAGCCUGACCAGCUGUCUGGUCAGCGGGGGAGAAGAGAUGGCUAUAACUGGGAGCAACUUCUUCCCAGAGUCCAAGGUCAUCUUCCUGGAGAAAGGCCCUGACGGACGGCCGCAGUGGGAAGUGGAGGCCAAAAUUGUACGAGAGAAAACUCAAGGAUCAUGCAUUGUGGUAGAAGUUCCUCCUUACCACAGUAAGACAGUCGGCUCAGCAGUGCAGGUGCAGUUUUAUGUCUGCAAUGGUAAACGGAAAAGGAGCCAAUCACAACGCUUCACUUACCUUUCAGUGAUGGUGAAACAGGAGCACCGAGAUGAGUUGGACCUUCCCCCUGUACCCCCCAUGUCCCUGCCCCUGGCACAUGCUGCCAGUAUGGUUUGCGCUCAGCUGCCUUCUCCUGAUCAGGGCCACCCAUCAGAUAACCUUCUGUCCACCUCCCCACAUGGCCUGGGCUCAGGCUCCAGACCUGUCCUGCUCCCCCUACAGGCGACCUGCCCCUCCUUGGGCUCCCCGUCCUUCCAGCACCUGCCUCAUCUCCAGGGUCGCAGUUUGCACCACCCCCCUGCGGACUGCCACAUGACGUUCCAUCCGAGCUCUUCACCUGUCCCCCUUCCUGCCUCAGCCUCCCGGCCCUCGUACCAGCCCAUGCAGCGUGGCCAGAGUCACGCUCACAGCAUGUCCUUCAAUGGCCAAUCCUGCCUGUCUCCUCAGAGCUAUGAGAGGAUGCCCUUUCAACAGUUUCCCAUUGCCCCGUCCCACCCAAUGGGCAUGGAGAUGGUGUACUCCAACUCCCCUUGCUCCUCCCCGUCCACACCUGUGUCUACAGCCGCAAACUCCAUUGUGGGUUCUCCGCAGAGCCAGCAACCCUUGCUUGCCCCAUCGUCCCAACAUCUUCACAACCUCGGAGGCUACCACUGCUCUCCCACACAGGUGCCGUCUCCUAGUAGCCACCCGCUACAUCUGCAGAGAGCAAUGGGCUACCACCCAGUAAGUCAACGCUCGGCCUCCUGCCCCACGCCGUCCACAGCCCCUCCUCCGCAUAUGAUCCCAUCCCCCCAAUCUGGGCCGUCGUCCCCUCAGCUCCACUCCAUGCCCUGCCAGUCUCCUACAUCGUCUUCCCCAACAUCAGGUAGCAGCCCCCUGGGUCCCAUGCAGCAUCCACAUUCAGGACAGGCUUCACCUCAGGCUGCGAGCCCAGUCAUGGCCAGCUUGUCCCCAACGGCUGCUGGGCCCUUGGUUCAUACCCUGAGCCCCCAGGGACCCUUCAACUCGGAUGGGGAGAGGUUGAACAUCAAACAGGAGCCAGAAGAGAGAGAGCCUACCUUCCGCUCUAUUGGCUUGCAAGACAUCACGCUUGAUGACGUGAACGAGAUCAUCGGCCGGGACAUGUCGCAGACCCCCGGCACUCACGGCCCCGCCCAGACCGCACACAGCCAGUCCUAGCCGUCGCGGCGGGUCAUGAGGUCAUGAGGUCAUGAGGCGGCUCCAAGGUGCGCCAGGCAGCCGGACUGAUGAGAAGUCCAGCAAGAUGGCCGGACUUCAUUUCCCACAAUGCAAGGCGAACAUCAGCAAGAUAAGACUUCUCACCAAAAUCCGAACCGUCCUGCUUUCAUCACAAACUCCUGUGAAAUUUACAUUCAUUUAAAAAAAAAAAGUUUUUUUGUUUUUUUUCCUGCUGGAAUUAUCGACGCCCAACCUGCAACAUUCCACAACUAACGUAAGUCUCUGGAUUUCAUGUCCCUUCAUUACACCCCAUAAUAACUGCCUUACUACUAUUUGUAUUAUUAUUAUUAUUAUGAGCAUGUAGCAACCCCCCCCCCCCCCCCCCUCCCCAAAAUGGCUUAUCUUCUCCGUGCAAUAUUGCAGGAAUCCCCAAACAUCCCAGCCUGCUGUGCCUUAUCGAUGUUAACUUUGUCCAAGUAUUUUUAUACCUUUUCAUAAUCUAGUCCAAAAAUAUUAAUAAUAAUAAUAAAACAGACAACUUGAAGGAUGUGACAGAAUCUUCAUCAAAAAUAAAACAACUUUGAAAAAAAAAGUAUUCUUUGGUGUUAACACGACUGACUUAUUUAGUAGAAGACACUGUCCUCUGGAGAAAUGUCAGAUUCAUAUUUAUGCAUUUCUUCAUCACAAAUAUGAAUAUUAGUUGCAGUUUCAUGAGGAACAUUUCAUUUCAUUGGGGAAAAUGUCAAAUUUAUGAGAAUACAAUUUUCAUUUUGCAAGAAUAAAAUGCAGUCACAAUACUACAAGAUUAACCAAAAUUAACGUAAAAUUGUAUAAAUUUGUUUUUGCUUUGAUUUGUAAUAUUAUGAAAUAUGUUUGAAAAAAAUAUGAAAUAAAAUAGCUACACACAUUACAUCAUGAGGAAGAAAAUAUUUAGUGGUAAAAUACAUGAUCCACAUUUUCCAAACAGUUAGGAAUAGCAUGACAAAUAGGUUAAAUGUUACAUGAUGAGGAAUUUUUAAAUAUAUAGUAAGAAUAUAAAAAAAUAUAUUUUAAUAAAAUAUGAAAAUAAAAUCAAAAUGUCAUAAGAUUAAAGUACCAAUGAUUGUCACACACAUAUUAGAUGUGGCGAAAUUAUUCUCUACAUUUGACCCAUCACCCUUGAUCACCCCCUGGGAGGUGAGGGGAGCAGUGAGCAGCAGCCGUGCCGCGCCCGGCAAUCAUUUAUGGUGAUUUAACCUCCAAUUCUAACCCUUAAUGCUGAGUGCCAAGCAGAGAGAGUUAAUGGGUCCCAUUUUUACAGUCUUUGGUAUGACUCGGCCGGUUUGAACUCACGACCUACCGAUCUCAGGGCGGACACUCUAACCACUGAGUAGUCUUAACAUGUUUAAGAAUAUUACAAAAUAUAAAGAGUUAAUAUUGUUUUAAAGUUGUAGUUUUGCAUACACAUAAAAACAACUAAAGUAUAAUGAAAAUAAAAUAAUUUAGCACAAGACGUGUAAUAUUUUGUGUGACUAAGUCAUCCAUCCAAGUCAAUAUAAGAAAUUAUUGAAAAAAGUUAGAAUAAAUUAAUAAUUUAGCAUUAACAUAUCUAAUCAUUUUGACUUGGAAUAUCAUGAGAAUCAUUGAUUGAUUGAUUGAUUGAUACUUUUAUUAGUAGAUUGCACAGUUCAGUACAUAUUCCGUACAAUUGACCACUAAAUGGUAACACCCCAAUAAGUUUUUCAACUUAGUUUAAGUCGGAGUACACGAUAAUCAAUUCAUGGUACAAAUAUGUGCUGUAAUAUCAGGGAAAGGUUGGAAAAUAACAUGUAUAGAGUUCAAAUAUUACAACAAAGUCAUCAUUUUAGCUCAAAUUUGCAAUAAUGGUUAAUAUUCUGAAGGGACAAAAGUGAGAUUGUGAAAGAAAAAUUGCAAAAUUAUGAGCACAAAAUAAAAAUUUUACAAGAAUAAUAAUAUGUGAAUAAAGUAUUUACAUGUGGACAAAAAACGUGGGGACAAAAAGGCCGAUUAUCAGAAAGAGCACAAUUAUGUGAGGAGAGUCAAAUUGUUACAAUAUUUGUAAAUCUUUGGACUUUAGAUUUUAAAUAAGUCAUAAAGGUUUGAGAAUAAGUUGUGAGCUUCCAAUAAUUAAAUACUCUAGUUAUGUUUCAUGAUUAAAGUUGAAAUAUGACAAAAACACAUUUGAAAUAUAAAUAUAUUUUUAGAAAAUAGUUAUAAAGUUAUGAAAAUAAAUAUUUUAACAGAAUGAAAUCUUAAUAUUCCAUAAAUAAAGUUUAAAUAUAACAUUAACACGUUUGAAAGGGAAAAAAAUCUGUCUUUUACGAGAAAACAUUUUUAUUUUCUAAAAAUAAAAUGUAAGUAUCACGUGAAAAUAGUUGAUUUAUACAAAUGGUUGAAAUAUGACAGUUAUUUUUGGGGGAACCCAAAAAAUAUACAAUUUACUUUUCACAAGUUCUAAGUUUUUAUUGUCGAUAAAUGUUAACCUAUUUAAAAAAAAAAAAAUUCUUAAAAAAAUCGCAACUUUAUUCUCAAAGUUUUAUUACAAAAAUCGUAAUGUAGACAUCAAGAUUUCAUUCUUGGAAAAGGAUGUCAUCCUCAUAAAUUUUAUCAUAAUAAUUUAGAUUAUGUAAUAAUUUAAAAAAAUCCCCCCUUAAAUCUGUUAUUGUCAUAUUUCCACUUCAUUCACUGCAACUGCCACAGUAUUUAUUCAUGCAAAAUCUUCUCACUUUACGACGUCCUAAAACGCUCAAAGUUGGGAUAUCCGAACAAGGAAACAAAUUCAAAUUGCAUGAAUACAUUUGAAAAAAGAAAAUUACCAUUUUAGAAGAGAAAAAAAAUAUAUUUUUUAUGACACUUGUUAUAUAGGGCUAAAUAAGUAAACAUUGAUUGAUUGAAAAAAAAAAUGUUAAACAUUAAAUUUUGACGAUUUUUCUUGACUUUGCCACUUUUGUCACUGGAGUGGUGAUAUGUAAGUGUUAAAAAGAUGAUAGACUGACUGUAUUUCAGUGUCUUCUAUGAUUUAAGUUUAGUUCAUGUGACAAUUGAGGCUUUUUAACGCCAACAAAACUGCAAUAAAUAUUUUUCCGUUGUCCUUUUUCCUGCCUUAAGAUGAUGAAGCUUCUAUGCAUUCACCUUCAGCCUAAAGCCUUGACACACUUUACACACUGUAGUGUAACACACACUUAAGCGGGUUCUAGUACACUCCCCAUUUAAGUGUGUGUGUGUGUGUGUGUACACUAAAUGCUGACACACUCCUUGGAAGCACAUUCAUUCAGGCUAUGCAAACUCUCAACAUGACAAAAGAAGUUGAAUAAAAGGAAAUUUAAGAUGCCUUAACUCGACAGUUGUGUGCUGUUUUUGGGCAGGACAAAGUUUUGGCCGUUGCUUUUUCUUGAGCUUAAGGGUCAACUGUAAAAAGAGAACACCAGCGUCGUCUUCUGACAUAAACCAAAGAGCGAACAAUAAAUCCAGCGUGUUGUCGUGUAUGACGAAAUAAAAAGUCAAUUCUAUUUUUUAUACUUUUUCAAAUGGAUGCCAUUCCUAAUCAAAUGUAAAGUGAUAGAAAUAAAGGUUACGGCAAGAACCCAAAUGGCGCGUAGAGGAAAUGUCGAUGGCCUUUCUCUGUUUUCCUUUCAUGUGUUUCUCGUCUGUAUAUGAACUCUUUUGUAAAGAACUCAAAGGGAAAUGCAGGUUUAGUUGUUGACGUUUACCAAACCUUGUAUUGUUUUCACAUCUGUUGUACAUUUGCUUUUUUUUUUGUUGUAAUUUUUAAAGACUGCAGUGCUUUUGGACAUUUCUUCAAAGGGAAUAAUAAACUUGCAUCAUGCUGUAGUUUCCAAAGUAGUGACUAUUAAUAAAAUGCAAAAGUCGA